GUCUGGGUUUCAAUAUUUUGACCUGAUGAUUCGUCCAUCCUGGGGCGUGGAAUCGGCGCUGCAAGACCCUUCUAAAAAAGGAGGGGUUUCGACAUCGAAGAAGCUUGCUCUGCACUUGUUCUUGCUUUUUCUCCUACAGUUAUUUCUUGCCUCUGGGAGUCAUGGAUGUCCCUUUGCCGUUUGAUAAACUGGCUUUAGAACUAGUUAAUGAAGAGUCCCUGCAUCGAACUGCAAGCAGUGGCAAGACGUAUGUUGUUCUGGUAGCAACUGGAAGUUUCAAUCCUCCUACUUUCAUGCAUUUGCGCAUGUUUGAGCUUGCAAGAGAUGCAUUGAAUCCAGAAGGCUACUGUGUUAUUGGAGGUUAUAUGUCACCUGUUAAUGAUGCAUACAAGAAAAGGGGCCUUGUUUCUGCUGAACAUCGGAUACGCUUAUGUCAUUUAGCCUGCAAAAGUUCAGAAUUUAUAAUGGUGGAUCCGUGGGAAGCAACUCAAGCCACAUAUCAGCGCACUUUAACUGUUUUAUCUAGAGUCCAAAGCUGUAUUUGUGAGGCAGGGCUGGUACCCAGGGAAUCCCUCAAGGUCAUGCUCAUCUGUGGUUCUGAUCUCCUUCACUCCUUUGGCAUUCCUGGGGUAUGGAUUCCUGAGCAGGUUAAGGCCAUAUGCAAAGAUUUUGGAAUAGUUUGCAUCCGCAGAGAAGGACAAGCUGUUGAGAGGACUAUCUCUGAUAAUGACAUUUUGAAUGAAAACCGGGAUAAUAUCAAAGUUGUGGAUGAAAUUGUACCAAAUCAAAUCAGCUCAACCAGACUAAGGGAAUGCAUUGCAAGAAGAUUGUCAAUAAAAUAUCUGACUGUGGAUGAAGUGAUCGAUUAUAUCAGGGAGCAUCAACUAUAUUUAAACUCAGACGGAAAGUAACAUUUGUAUUGCUCUGUAUAGUGCGUGCUAAUUAUAUCAUUUGUUUUAAACAAAGAUAUACAGGAGGCACAACGAUUAGAAGUUCUGGAGGUGGAAAAAAAGGCAAAAAAAUUUGUGAACAAUGGGGCUAAGGGGUCAUUUUAACUACACAAAUAAGUAAUUGUACUGUCCGAGUUUUAUGUAAUUUGAUAGGAUGUACUUUUUGUCCUUGAUAUUUUACUCAACUGGUGAGUAUUUUUUAAUU